AUGAAACUUGCAGAUAUUUUAGAUGUACCAAUAAAAAAAAAUGAACCAAAAGGACCUUUUUCUCAUAAAUUAGCUACUAAUGAACAGGCUAAAAAAUGUCGUGCAUGUAGUGGAUUUAGAGGGAUUAUUUUCAAAUAUGAUAUGACAAUAUGUAGAAGAUGUUUUAGAGAAUAUGCUACUGAUAUAGGAUUUAAUGUCUACGAUUAA